GGCGCACACAAACGGUAGCAGCAGGAGAUGAGUGCAAGCGAGCCCGACAACACGAACGCAGGCAGAGGCAAAUGACGCACAGGCACACACGUACGCGGACGAAGGAUCGGGCGUUCAUAAUCGAGCGUGGACACCUCCGUGUCCAACUUGACGCUUGCAUAAUGAGUGGGGAGUCGAUGCAUGAAGAGCAGAGGAAGUGGAGACCCAGGGCCCAGGUCCGCAGCCUCGGCCCCCGAGCAGUGCCAGCGCGCGAGUGCGUGUGUGUGCGCCGGCGUCCCCGCACCCUUGGACACCUGACAAGCAGGGAUGCCGAGAAUAGCGUCACCGUCGGUGGCAGCCUUGGUCGGCGCUCGUCCCGGUGAUGCCGGCCCGGCAUCACCUCCCGCCCACCUUCCACUCCUGGCUCCGGGUCGACGUUGAGGGCCUCCAGCUAAGAGUUUGCAGAAGCACGAGGAGGCAUGGACGAGACGGAGCCGGAGGCAGUGGUGCAGGCGGCAGCGGCUUCGUCGUACCUGGACGAACUCGUUCCGUACUUGGUGCUACUGGGGAACACGCUGCUUUUCGCCCUGUCUCGCCGGCUGGCGGCCAGGCUGUCUCCACUCAAGUGGCGCCUGGCCAUCUCCGAGGUCAUCGGCACAUGGGAACUGUGCAGCGACGUCGCAGAACUAGGCAUCGUGUAUGAGCGGCACGGCGUGUGGGUGUACGCGCUGGCUCUGCUCGCCUGCUGCGUGUGGUGGUGCCGGGCGUUCGGUGACGCCGAGGCGUGCCCGUGCGGUCCCAUCGAGGACAUGCUGUUCGCCAUCGGACCCGGAGACUACCGCGCCCGGUUGUUGGGCCAAGCACUGGGCGGACUGCUCACCGCUCAGUACAUAAUGUUCAUCUGGUCCUGGCAUCUGAUUCCAGAGCACAAGACCAUGGCGACAGCGGAAUGCCAGACCUCGCUCAUGGUCAGCCCAACCAAGGGCGCACUUAUCGAAGGCGCGAUCACGUGCGUCAGUCGAUUCGUGGCAAUGCGAUCCAUCUACUGGACGGACAACGUGGCCAUUGCUAUCAACUCCAUCACUACGGUCAUUCUAGUGCUGGCUGCCCUGACAACAACGGGCGGCUACUUCAAUCCCAUCAUGGCGUCGGCGCUAAUGCUCGGCUGUGCCGGAAGCACGACUACCGAGCACUUCACAGUCUACUGGGCGGGAGCCCUCAUCGGCGGCUUCAUUGGGCGUUACCUCGACAUCCGGCUAGAGUACGCCAUCAAGGAGAAAUACGCCUAGACUGCGUCACCUACCCUAGUGAGCACAACCGACUUUUCGCCACUCAUCACACUGCCCAACAUGUAGUAUAUUGUCUCGUAUUUUCAUUUUGUCAUCGUGGAAACCAUUUGGAACUGUGAACAUGACAAAAGGCAAACAAAGAUUUUUGUACGUGAUGUACACGCUGCCAUGCCACAGUUAGUGCAAAGAGAGACCUUUACUUUGUUUAAGCUAGAUAGUUCGAGCCUAUAGCUUCACAUGUGGACCCACACAACCAAGACUGACAGAGCACCGUUUUUCACAUGUCCAUAUAACAUUUCUAAAACCGCAAUAUACUAUACCCGAUUAACUUACAUACUGGGCUGAUGGAUGCCAUAAUGACAAUCUGACCAUGAGGCAUGCUGUAGUGGGGGAUUCCGGUUUAUGACCACCUGUGGUUCUUUAACGUGCACCUCCCCAUCAAAAUGAGCCAGCCACGACCAGAAUCGAAACUGCAACCACGAGCUCAGCAGUGCAACGUCAUAGCCACUAGGCUAUCAUGGCGGCUGUACAAUAUCUGAUUCGGUCUGAAUAUGGUCAUUGUUAAGUGAUAGGGAUGUCCCCCGCAAAUGCCCCGCGAUUUUUUUCAUAGACAUUGAAUAAGUGAACAGCAAAAAGACUAAAAUCAUGCACAAAAUGAAUACAGUUUACCUUUACCAUGAACACAAAUAAGCUCUGCCAACAUAUGCACAUAUUUUUAUAUAAGCUGGUCACCCCACCAAAUUAAGUUCCAAACGCCUGAAGUUUGAGCCAUCAAAGAGAAUGUCGCUCCUUAUUCACUCAGGUGUCCUAGCUAUGCAAUACGGCCAUGUUUAGAUAUAGCAUUCAACCACUUCCUUUCUAGUCCAAUAAUUUUCUUGCUAAAAUACAUGGUACACAUUCAUGUCAUGAAUGGCAAGCUUAUCAACAUUCUUGAAAAGUACGCAAUCAAUGCAUUCUACCAACUGUAUCCUACAGGACUAAAGCUUGGAAGAUAACAAGGAAACUUAUGAAGCUAAGGAUGGCACAUGAGUGACAGAAUGGAAAAGGAAAGGCAUAACGAUAAGAGACAGAAAAAUGGCAGUCAAUGGCGUAGCCAUGUUUCUGUUCCUUUAUUUUUGAGAGGAGGGGGGGGCACUUAAUUUGGGCAGGGCAGGCGGGUGUUGUUGCAUGUCACUUGAUACCAGCUACCACUGGCACACACAAUUUUCACAGUGAGAGUGCAUGUGCCCGGUGUGCCCCCACUGCCCUGGCUGAGCCCCUGCUGGCAUUAUAGAUUAGGGGUCAAAUGUGGGUAUAGCCGAUACUCUUGUUCAGAUUAAGAAAAAGAAGUGAUGAAACAGCGAUUUCUUACAGGCCCAAAUUAUUAGCGCAUGGUUAAACAAAUGGCAGGUCAUGCAAUCGUGCAACAACCAUCAAGUGGCACGGCACAGCUUGAGCACCAGUUAUGAAAUAAUAAAACCAAUCACUAUAUGAGAUUGGCGAGAUGUAAUAUGGAAUCUCAAGUGAACCAUUCUUUAGGACUGUACGUCUAUGAUGAAGAAUGAAUCAGGCUACAUGAUGACAGAUGACCCCGAAGAACACCUUUGACAGCAAUAUCUUUCCUUUCAGCAGUCUGUCUGUGCAUUACAAGGCUUAGUCAAACUAAACAUGUUUGUUGCAAUGAUCAGUCCCCAAGGGGUCUGGCGAUGCUGUCAUGAGCACAGAUUAAAGUACAAAAUGAGAAACAUGUUCUCAGCAUCUUCCAAGCAACAGUGAGGCAUUCUUGCUUCAUCAUACAUGGCUUUCUUUAAAAAGAGGUCACAGGGAGACAUGAAUAACAGUUGGUGAACAAGGUAAGACUCAGACCAGAGUCAACGUUUUGACAAGGGGACUUGUUUCUGUUGAAAGUUGAAACAUUAAAUGUGGACUCCAGGCUGUGGCUUCUCUUGUACAACCACUGUUAGUCAACUUUCGUUAGUAACUUAUUACCUGAUGAUGCAUCACUUUUCCUGUAUUUAUUCGCACCUUUUAUGUGAAACACAAUAACUCUGGAACAGAUAUAUUAGUGGAAACCAAAACCCUGUGACGCAAAUUAUGUGGCACUGCCUUGCACCUCAGUCAUGAAUUACAGCUGUGAUUUGUACAGCUACUGUAGCUUGAACUGAUGAACAAGGUUCUUAGCUCAGGUGCUUUUUCUUUCUUGUGCCAAUUUUCUCGAGCCAAAGUGAACUUCAAGCUGUAUGCACAGCAACUGGAGGAAACUGUGGUAUGAUGCAGGAUUUGCUUUUUAACAUACAAGCUCGCUGUGUAUUAGAGUGAAUUCCAUAUUAUUCAAAUUACGCCAACAUUUUCUGAAUGCUUGGUACAAUUUUUCCCCAUACCAAAGUUAGCCAGCUUUCAGAGCAUAUAUAUUUUAUGAAGUGCAGUUGCUAAGUGCUGACACCAUUCAUACCUCUUACAUAAAAUUGCUGUGAGACAAGUAGGCUCUAUACACCUCUUUUUUGACCUUACAAUGUGCUAUGUUUAUAAAAAUCUAGAUUUAUGUUACUGUGCAUGCCUUUCAGUGUGUGUAACCAUUCAUAGUACAUUAAAGAAAAUUUCAAAGUGUGUGGUAUAUACUCCGUCAUUCCUGACUGCAUGGCACAUAUAUUCAAUAGCAUUACAGUGUUGCUUUCUACACUUUCUACUUCUGGUGUCAUUGCUGAAGGUUUGAGAAAGGUGUUUUUGUCAAUAAUUCAGAAAUUAUAAAAACAAAAACCUUGAUGACUGCCACACUUAUCAACAUUUCGACAAUACUAUCACGGCAAGAAACACACAAUUCAGUGAAUGCACUGCUAUUUCAAUGCUCGCUAAAGCAGCUUCCUUUAAAUUCAACAUCAGUCCCAGUAAGGUGAAAAGAGCCAGCACUGCUGGAAGCCUGGCCAGCCAACCAGAACUUCAGAAUGGCAUUUAAUUAACUGUGUGGCAAGUAUAUGAAAAUAUUUUAUCCACAACAGACAACAGAUUUAAAGGUGCUGGUACCAGGAUUCUAAAAGAUUCCUUGAACUUUGUGCAAAGCUGGCAGUUGUUCAUGUACACUGUGUACAACUUCACAUGCAGAAACUGAGAGACCUUAUGGCAAGAGCCAAUAGCAGGCAUGUCUUAGCACAGAAAAUUCAACAAGGUACCCAUACUGCAAAAUAUGUGAAUUCAUGCUUAUAAACACAAUGUGUAUUUUGUAGACACCCAUGAAACCAGUCAAUCAUCCAGCCAAGUCCCUGGCUUCUUUAUAAACAAUGCAGAAUGUGCAUAUGUAUAUAUUUGACCUUCGAAGGC